ACUAUCUUUUAUUUUCAGAUUAAAUUAUUCGAUUUAACAUGGAUCUUCUGGCCAUUAUUGGUUUAAUAGUUGUAAUUUAUUUUCUUGUAUAUAUGAUAUUCCCUUGGUUUCUAGAUUCUGAUAUAAAUCUUGCUUUGUACAAAAAAUUUGGAAAACCUAUAGCUUCUUUACAAGGACAGGUAGUAUGGAUAACAGGAGCAUCGAGUGGAAUUGGCGAAUACCUUGCGUACGUAUUAGCAGAAGCUGGUUGCAAAUUAAUUUUAACAGCAAGAAGAGAAACAGAACUAGAAAGAGUAAAAGCUAAUUGUAUUCAAAAAAAUGUAAAUUUACAAAGUUUAGACAUCGAAGUACUCGUGUUAGAUGUCAACAACAUAAGCAACCAUGAAUCUGUAUUCAAUCACAUUAUUACCAAAUUUGGAAGAUUAGAUAUAUUAGUAAAUAAUGCUGGACGUUCUCAGAGAGCGGAAUGGGAGCAAAUCAACUUGGCUGUUGACAAAGAAAUGUUUGAUUUAAAUGUCUUUUCACAAAUAGCUUUAAGUAGACUAGUGGCAAAAUACUUUCUUCAAAAGGGUUCAGGUCAUUUUGUAGUUACUUCGAGCGUUGCUGGUAUUGUACCAGCACCUUUUUCUGCUACGUACUGUGGAACUAAAUACGCGUUACAAGGUUAUUAUGACUGUUUUUCUAUAGAAAAAAUGGGUAAAAAUAUCCCUGUUACAAUGGUAUGUCCAGGACCUAUUAAAACUAACUUUUUAUCAGAAGCAUUUACGGAAAAACAUGGAGAAAAAUAUGGUGAAGAAGCGAAUAAAAAUUCCGAAAACAAACUCAGUGCUGAACGCUGUGCUACGUUAAUGGGGAUCGCAAUAGCAAAUAAACUAUCUCAAGUGUGGAUUGCUAAGCCACGUAUACUUCAGUUGAUAUAUUUGAGAAUGUACUAUCCAAACAUAGGAAGCUGUAUAAUUAGUUUGUUGGGACCAAGAUUUAUACAACGUCUACGAGAUGAUAAACCAACGCUUAGGCAAGAACAAUAAAUAUAUUAUAAUUUAUGUUACAGAAUGUUUAUUCCUUUUUUUUAAACUAAUUCAUACUGUACAAAAUCUUCUUUCCAUUAUCUUGAGGGAAUUCAAAACGUAGUUUUUGAAACAAGUUCAAAUAAAUUUAACAAGAGCAACUUACUACGA